GAUCGCUGACCAUUAACUAGCAGCAUUUUAAACAAAAUGCAAAAAGCUCCUGACUCACUUUCAAACGCACAUCAUGCGUGUUUUGUGAAAUAUUCUGUAAUUUUCUGAACUCUGUUUCAAAGAAUUUAAAGAAAAAAGAUGAAGUUUGAAAAUGUGCUGGCAGAGGUAAAUGGCUUUGGGAAAUUCCAGUUGGGGAUAGUCCUUAUGAUGAUCAUUCCUCGUAUGACUUUGCCCUUUCACUUCCUGCUGAAUAAUUUCAUUGCGGCUAUUCCUGCUCACCACUGCGACAUCAGCUCUCUGGAUGAUGGAGGCAUUUUUAGGAAUUUAUCACAGGCAGAGAGGCUCGUUGUGAGUAUUCCACUGCAGGAUGAUGGGACUCCAAGCUCCUGUGAGAUGUUCACAAAGCCUCAGUAUUUUCUGCUGCUCAACACCUCCAACAUCACUGAGCUUCCCACCGUGUCCUGCCAGAACGGAUGGGUGUACGAUAACACCACCUUCAAGUCUACUCUGGCCACAGAGUGGGAUCUGGUUUGUGAUAUGAGACGUUUGAACAGAGCCACUGCCACAAUCUAUUUCAUGGGAGUCAUGUUUGGAGCAGCACUGUUUGGAUAUCUUAGUGACAGGUUUGGCAGGAAAAGGGCACUCCUGUUGUCCUAUGUGACGACAACAGUCUUUGGAUUCGCGAGCGCUUUCUCCACUAACAUUACCGUUUUUUCUGCGAUGAGAUUUUUUACUGGAGUGGGACUUUCUGGAAUAAGCAUAAUCUCAUUUGUCCUAUGUAUUGAAUGGGUGGACAUCAAGCAUCGAACUGCAGCGGCCAUUUUAAUGAGCUUGGACUGGAGUGUUUCUAAUUCUCUGCUAUCAAUCUUGGCCUAUUUUGUGAAUGACUGGAGGUACCUGACUGCCGCAGCAACCUCCCCACUGUUACUGGCAAUGAUCUGUUGGUGGUGGCUCCCUGACUCUGCCAGGUGGCUUAUAAGCAAUGGGAAGGUAAACAGUGCCCAUUUUUACCUGAGCAAGUGUGCAAAGGUCAACCGCAGAGAGCAGUUCAUGGCUGACCUAAAGCCUGAGAGUCUGUCCAAAGUCAUAUUUGUAGAAAAUGAAAACAGAAAAUAUUCCUAUUUGGACCUUGUGAGGACUCCCAGAAUGAGAAGAGUGGCUCUACUCUCUGGCAUUGUGUGGUUUGGUGUCGCCGGUACUUAUUAUGGAAUCAGCCUGAAUAUCAAUGGAUUUGGUAUGAACAUUUAUCUCACACAGUUCAUCUACGGUGUGAUAGAAAUCCCGGCAAAGGCGUUUAUCUACUUCAGCGUGGACAUAAUAGGUCGGAGGAUAAAUCAGGUGGCAACACUUGUUCUCACGGGACUGUGCAUAUUCUGCAACAUGUUUAUCCCUGAAGCAAUGGGGCUGUAUCGAACAGCUGCAGGAGCCUUGGGCAAAAUGUUUGCAGAGGGAGCUUUUACCACUGUAUUUCUGUACACAGUAGAGCUGUUCCCCACAGUAAUCAGACAAAAUGGAUUGGGUAGCUGCUCCUUCAUGGCACGUUUAGGUGUGUCUAUAUCCCCUCUGAUCAUGCUCCUCGAGGAAGCGUGGCUCCCUCUGCCGAGUGUUGUUUUCAUCCUGUUGGCUUUUGUUGCAAGUAUUUCUGCUUCUUUUCUUCCUGAGACUAAAAACAUCCGCCUACCAGAGACGAUUGAGGAAGUGGAACAGAUGAGAAGGCGCUCAUUCUCUGCAUCUGAUGAGAAGUGUCCACUUUAGAUGUAUUUUCUGUUUUGUCAUUUCAACCAAGAGGCCUGCAUUAAUAAUUUGAAGUGUCACCUUGAAUUAUUGCCAUGACUGAUAAUAAACAAAAGAUUCAUUA